AGCUGGUGUUGCAUAAAAAGCAAGCUUGUGCAUUCAGCAAAUAUAACCUGGUGAACAGAGCCCGUGUCACCCACUCACCCAGAGGGGAGUCGACGUCCUGCUGCUUCUCAAGCCAUGGACAUUGAGAAGGUCAAUUCCAUGGACUUCGGGGAAUUUGUGGAUGUGUUUGGGAAUGUCAUUGAGAGAUGUCCUCUAAUAGCAGCGGCUGUUUGGUCCCAGCGCCCAUUCUCUGACUUGGAAGACUUAGAGAAGCACUUUUAUGCCUUUAUUGAUGCUCUUCCUCCAUCAGGCCAAGAGGGCAUCCUGCGCUGCCACCCGGACCUGGCGGGCCGCGAGUUGCAGCAGGGCACGCUGACUGCCGAGUCGCAGCGCGAGCAGAGCGGCGCGGGCCUGACGAGCCUGGGCGCCGACGAGCGGCUCCGGCUGGAGGAGCUCAACGCGCAGUACCGCGCGCGUUUCGGCUUCCCCUUCGUGCUCGCCGCGCGCCUCAGCCACCGGGCGGCCGUACCGCGCGAGCUGGCGCGCCGGUUGCACUGCUCGCCGGCGCAGGAGCUGCGCAUCGCCCUGGGCGAGGUGAAGAAGAUCGCCCGCCUGCGGCUUGCCGACCUCCUCGGCGUCGACCCCUCCCGACUUUAGCGGCCGCGCGCGCUGGGGAUCCGGGACGCACGUCGGGACGCGCGGGGACCGCGACCCUGCACUGUGCGCUCUGGGCGGGAGGCUGACGCAGCCCUGGGCCGGCGUCCACACGCGCGCACAGAGAAAGGGGAGAAUUGAGGCAAUCAUAGAAUAAUGAGCCACCACCACCACCCACACACACACACACACCACCACCACCCCAAACACGCGCCCGCGCGCCCGCAUGCACGCUUUGUCAAAAUAUCUAUAUAGUUUCGUGCUGUGCCCCGAUUCGCCCAGUUCACUGCUUCGAUUCUUCACUCCUUUUGCGGUCGGUUGACACCGCCAGCCUUUGUGGAUUUCAAAGCGUUUAUCCAGCUUUGGCUCCCCACCCUCGACUGCUAAGCCGGAGCUGCCAAGCAAAACUGAUGGAAAAGGAAUCUUUUAUUUCACAGCGGUUUGUCUGUUUGUUUUUUCUUCUCCCACUUCAUUUGCUGCACCAACAUUUACAUGUGAGCGGAAGCGGCUUUCUCACUCUGGGGCACCGACGGGAGCCCGAGCAAGGAAAGCAAGCGCUGGGCUCUGCCUGUGGCGCCAGGGACGUCACAUCUGGGGAUGGUGGGCAGGAGAGAGUCCUGCGAUGGGACACCGUGGGGCAGGCGGCUUAACUGCUACGGUCGCUCUGAAGAGGGGGGUGGGAGUAGGAGCGUCGCCAGGCUGGACUGGCGGCCUCCCGUCUCUCUCGGAGGUGGGCCCAGGACAGUUGGCUUGUCAGAACUUCAGACUACUCAGGAAACCCAUCGGUCAGUAAAGAAAUAAAAAUAUAAUA